GGGAAAACAGAUCUCAUAAAAUAUCUGGGAGCAGACUGCCGUAUUCAAGCUUUUGAAGAACCAGUUGAAAUUUGGAAAACGAAAGACAACCGAAAUUUGCUGGAUCUAAUGUACAAAGAUCCACGCAAAUACGGCUUUGACUUUCAAAAGCUGGUUAUGCAAAGCAUGAUGGACCGCCAAAAAAAUCUUGCCACCGAAACAAUUACUGUAUUUGAAAGAUCAAUUUUCAGUGCGCGUUACGUUUUUACUGAAAGUCUGCGCUCGAGCGAACUGCUGGAGAAUGUGGAGUACGAAAAGCUUGACGAACUAUUUCAAAAUUACUCGGCUAAACACCUGCCAGUGACAAUGAUUAUUUAUCUCAAAGCUUCGGUUGAAACUUUGCAACAACGAAUUCUUUGCCGCGGACGAGAAGAAGAAAGUUGCAUCACAAAGGCGUAUCUUACAAAGCUUAAUGAACUUUACGAUACAUGGCUCAGUGGAAAGUGCUUUCCGGUUCCCAGUAUUAUUAUGACUAUGAAUGCCGAAAUUCCACAAGCACAAUUAUAUGCUGAUAUCAAGGAGCAGAUUUUCCGCCUCAUUUAAUAAGUACGUACAUUAUCUCUAUCC